GGCCGAGCGCGAGCCCCGGGCGGCCGGCCCCCGCGCCUGCCGAGCGCCGCGUCGCGCCAUGUCGGUGAACACGGACGAGCUGCGGCACCAGGUCAUGAUCAACCAGUUCGUGCUGACCGCGGGCUGCGCGGCCGACCAGGCGAAGCAGCUGCUGCAGGCGGCCCACUGGCAGUUCGAGACCGCCCUGAGCACGUUUUUCCAGGAGACCAACAUUCCCAACAGUCACCACCACCACCAGAUGCCCAAGGGGACUGGGAAGCCUGGAAGAAAGACAUACCCCAAGCAUGGAGGACACAGGGAUUUUGACCCAAGAAAAGCCCAAGAAUUUGCAUUGAAUCUCAGUAUGUUCGGUUCCAUACAGCCUCAGAUCAAGAUGUGUACUCCCAGCAACACACCUGCCACGCCACCCAACUUCCCCGACGCGCUGGCCAUGUUCUCCAAGCUUCGAGCUUCCGAGGGCCUGCAGAGCAGCAACAGCCCCAUGACGGCCGGGGCCUGCUCCCCCCCUUCAAACUUCAGCCACUUCUGGGCCUCGUCCCCACCUGGCCACCAGGUGCCCUGGCUCCCACCCUCCUCGCCCACCACCUUCCACCGCCUCCACUGCCCACAGCCCACGUGGCCCCCCGGAGCGCAGCAGGGGGGCGCCCAGCAGAAAGCCAUGGCGGCUGUGGAUGGCCAGAGAUGAGACUGGGUGCCGCAGGCGCUGGGCUGGAGCUGGGGGCAGUCCAGGGUUGUGGAGACAGAGGAGGGCCCGGGAGGGGGGCUGGGGAGGGCGGGGGGUUUCCUGAAGAUCGCACUGGAAGAUUUUAUAAAAGAAUUUUUGUGGGGGGGGGGACAGUAAACUUCCUGGGCCACUUGGGUCCUUCAGGAGUUUCUCUUCAGGCAAAGUUUUUCCUCUUUUUAAUAUAUAACUAUAAUAUAUAUGAAUAUAUAAAUAUAACUAAUGUAUGUGAGAAUGGGGCGCACCUGGGUGCUGGGGUCAGAGGGGAAGGGCCAAGACAACCCUUCUCUUGGGCCAGCACCGCUUCCCCCGCCCCAGUCUUGCCCCAGUCUUGCGGGGCAGGGGUGUGCUUCAAAGCCAGAUGGAACGGUUUUCUGUCAGCUGCCUCCUUUCAGAAGUCUCACCUGGUAUCAGGAAGAAGACCCCACUGCUCCAGGCCUGGGGGCAGCCCAACAGCAGCUCUCCCCGCUGCCAGCCCCAGGGUUCUGGGCCUAGGGGUCCUCCCUAUCUCCUCCUCCCCCCACAAUUGCUGGCUGCCACCCGUCUGCAGCUGGUUGUGCAGGGUGGAUAGGGCACUGAAGAGCCGGCUUGGGUCAAAGGCCAGGCUCUGCCCACUGGGGACUUGACUGUCCCUGGGCGCCCUGUCCCUCGGGCUGCACGUCCAGUCCGUGGGUUAGUUCCCACGUCAGAAUCCUGCCUCACUCACCAGGGUGAAAUCUUAAUUUAAAAGCUUAAAAAGACUUUUCUAACUUC